AUGGCCGCGCAUCACCACCACCGCGCCCGCGCCCCGCUCCUCCUCGCGAUCCUCUUGGCUGCGGCGGCCGCCGCCUCCGUGGCCUCCGCCGCGCGCGACCUCGACCCCGCCAACCCGCUCCCAUCGCCAGCCGCCGCCGCGGGCCGAAACCGCAAUCCAGAUCCCAACUACUACGGCUACGGCACCGUCCCGGGCGUCGGCGGCACGGCGGGCAACGGAGGCGGAUUCUACGGCGGGCCGGGCUACGGACCAGGCGUCGGCGUCCCGGCCGGAGGGUUCGGCUUCGGCGGCGGCGGAGGAGGAGGCGGUGGAGGCGGGUGGGGCGCGGGGUACAGCGGCUCCGGCGGCGGCGGCGGGUACGCGCACGGCGGCGUGGAGGUGCCGACGGUGCUGUGCCAGGAGAAGGGGCCCUGCUACGGCAAGAAGGUGGCGUGCCCCAAGAGGUGCUUCUCGUCCUACAGCCGCUCCGGCAACGGCUACGGCGCCGGAGGCGGCGGCGGAUCCUGCACCGUCGACUGCAAGGCCAAGUGCACCGCCACCUGCUGA